AUGUUUUCCGCUUCAUUCGAUGAGCUCUCGUCGUUUGUUCUUCCACAACAAUGUCAAACACGGGUUCAGAAUUCGGUUUGUCACAUCGAACUCAAUGUUGAUUUUGAAGCUCGUCGAGUGUCAGUUGUAUUUGAUUAUCACGGUGAUCAUGCUGAUAUGUCGACUGACAUCGAUUUAAAAUCCGACAUGGAAAUGGAAGUACGUGAGGCAUCAUUCAAUUUUCAGCGUAACAAAAUAUCGAAAGCUACUUGGAUCAAUUUUUGCACUACGAGUGAUGAAUGUGAUAAACGGUAUAUGGAUAGUCAAAUUUCACACAUAGCAAAAAAUGAUAAGUGGCCCAUAUUCGACAAUAUUUCUUCAUUGAUCUACUCUUCGUCAUCAGAAAAUCUACAAUGCCAUUUGGAUGAUAUCUUGAAAGUUUGUCCAAAUCAGCAUGUUUGUGGCUAUACUCUUAGCCCUCAAUCGAAUAAUGGCAAACCAGACUAUACUUGCCAGCCAAAACCAGCUGAUGGGCAGAUGAUCUUCUUUCAAACUCAUAGAUCAAAGACAACCCCAUCAUUGUCGGCAGACCUAAAGAAAUAUGAUAUACUCAAUUAUACGUGCAAUGUUGACAAUUGCAAUAGUCCAACAAUCUCCACUGAAAUCAGACGUAUACUCAAUUUCGAAGUGGAGGUAUUCAUAAUUAAUUCUAGCCAUUCAAUCCUUUUCGGCACGAAAGCUUUUCUUUUUCUAUUUUAUGCAUCGAUUUUUGUUGUUAUUGCUUAA